GCCGCCGCCAUCAUGAGCGUGGAGGCGUACGGGCCCAGCUCGCAGACGCUGACUUUCCUGGACACCGAGGAGGCCGAGCUGCUGGGCGCCGACACGCAGGGCUCCGAGUUCGAGUUCACCGACUUCACCUUGCCCAGCCAGACCCAGACGCCGCCCGGCGGAGGAGGAGGCGGCGCCGGAGCCCAGGGGAACCCCGGGGCGCCCGGAGGAGGAGGGGGGCCGACCUCGGCCGUCGCGGCCGGGCAGCUGGAAGCCCAGGUCAACGGGCCUGACGGCAUUCUCCAAAAUGGCGCAGUGGAUGAUAAUGUGGUGAAGACCAGCCAGCUCUUGGCAGAGCUCAAUUUUGAGGAAGAUGAGGAAGACACAUAUUAUACCAAAGACCUUCCUGUGCAUGCUUGCAGCUACUGUGGCAUCCAUGACCCUGCUUGUGUGGUCUACUGCAACACCAGCAAGAAGUGGUUCUGCAACGGCCGUGGGAAUACCUCUGGCAGCCACAUCGUGAACCAUCUCGUGAGGGCCAAAUGCAAGGAAGUGACUCUUCACAAAGACGGGCCCCUGGGGGAGACGGUCUUGGAAUGCUACAACUGCGGUUGCCGAAAUGUGUUCCUCCUUGGCUUCAUCCCAGCCAAGGCCGACUCAGUGGUGGUUUUGCUGUGCAGGCAGCCUUGUGCCAGUCAGAGCAGCCUGAAAGAUAUCAACUGGGACAGUUCGCAGUGGCAGCCUCUGAUCCAGGACCGCUGCUUCCUCUCCUGGCUGGUCAAGAUUCCUUCUGAGCAGGAGCAGCUGAGAGCCCGGCAGAUCACGGCUCAGCAGAUAAACAAGCUGGAGGAGCUGUGGAAGGAAAACCCGUCUGCCACCCUCGAGGACCUGGAGAAACCUGGCGUGGACGAGGAGCCUCAGCAUGUCCUGCUUCGAUACGAGGAUGCUUAUCAGUACCAGAACAUCUUUGGGCCACUGGUCAAGCUUGAGGCGGACUAUGACAAGAAACUCAAGGAGUCUCAGACCCAAGACAACAUCACCGUGCGAUGGGACCUGGGCUUGAACAAGAAAAGGAUUGCUUACUUCACCUUGCCGAAGACGGACUCAGAUAUGCGUCUGAUGCAGGGAGACGAAAUCUGCCUGAGGUACAAAGGGGAUUUGGCUCCGCUGUGGAAGGGAAUUGGCCACGUCAUUAAAGUUCCAGAUAAUUAUGGCGACGAGAUUGCUAUCGAGCUGAGAAGCAGCGUCGGCGCUCCGGUGGAAGUGACCCACAACUUCCAGGUGGACUUUGUGUGGAAGUCUACCUCCUUUGACAGAAUGCAGAGCGCGCUCAAAACGUUUGCCGUGGAUGAAACCUCAGUAUCUGGCUACAUCUACCACAAGCUGCUCGGCCACGAGGUGGAAGAUGUCAUUAUCAAGUGUCAGCUGCCGAAACGCUUCACGGCACAGGGACUGCCUGACCUCAAUCACUCUCAGGUGUAUGCUGUGAAAACUGUCUUGCAGCGUCCGUUGAGCCUAAUCCAGGGCCCUCCCGGGACAGGCAAAACUGUGACGUCAGCUACCAUUGUUUACCACCUGGCCAGGCAAGGAAAUGGGCCUGUACUGGUCUGUGCACCAAGUAACAUAGCUGUGGAUCAGCUGACCGAGAAGAUACAUCAGACCGGACUGAAAGUGGUGCGUCUGUGCGCAAAGAGCCGGGAGGCGAUUGACUCCCCAGUAUCUUUCCUGGCCCUGCACAACCAGAUCAGAAACAUGGACAGUAUGCCUGAGCUUCAGAAACUGCAGCAGCUGAAAGACGAGACUGGAGAACUGUCCUCCGCAGAUGAAAAACGCUACCGGGCGCUCAAGCGAACGGCUGAGCGGGAAUUGCUGAUGAAUGCUGACGUCAUCUGCUGCACGUGCGUGGGGGCCGGCGACCCGAGGCUGGCCAAGAUGCAGUUCCGCUCCAUCUUGAUCGACGAAAGCACCCAGGCCACAGAGCCGGAGUGCAUGGUGCCGGUGGUCCUUGGUGCGAAGCAGUUGAUCCUGGUGGGGGACCAUUGCCAGCUCGGCCCUGUCGUGAUGUGCAAGAAAGCCGCCAAGGCGGGCCUGUCCCAGUCCCUCUUUGAGCGGCUGGUGGUCCUGGGAAUCCGGCCCAUCCGCCUACAAGUGCAGUACCGCAUGCACCCCGCCCUGAGCGCAUUUCCUUCCAACAUCUUUUACGAGGGGUCUCUCCAGAAUGGCGUCACAGCAGCGGACCGUGUGAAAAAGGGAUUUGACUUCCAGUGGCCUCAGCCGGACAAGCCUAUGUUUUUCUACGUAACCCAAGGGCAAGAGGAAAUCGCAAGCUCCGGCACAUCUUACCUGAACAGGACAGAAGCCGCCAACGUGGAGAAGAUCACCACCAAGCUGCUGAAAGCCGGCGCGAAACCAGACCAAAUUGGCAUCAUCACCCCCUACGAGGGACAGCGCUCUUACCUGGUGCAGUACAUGCAGUUCAGCGGCUCCCUCCACACCAAGCUUUACCAGGAGGUGGAAAUUGCCAGCGUCGACGCCUUCCAAGGACGAGAGAAGGACUUCAUCAUCCUGUCCUGCGUCAGAGCUAACGAACACCAAGGGAUUGGUUUCCUGAACGAUCCCCGGCGCCUCAACGUGGCUCUCACCAGAGCAAGGUACGGCGUCAUCAUCGUGGGCAACCCCAAGGCCCUCUCCAAGCAGCCCCUCUGGAACCACCUGCUGAACUACUACAAGGAGCAGAAAGUGCUGGUUGAGGGUCCCCUGAACAACCUCCGUGAGAGCCUCAUGCAGUUCAGCAAGCCUCGGAAGCUCGUGAACACCAUCAACCCGGGAGCCCGAUUUAUGACGACUGCCAUGUACGAUGCCCGUGAAGCCAUCAUCCCAGGAUCGGUCUACGACCGCAGCAGCCAAGGCCGCCCCUCCAACAUGUAUUUCCAAACGCACGACCAGAUCGGGAUGAUCAGCGCUGGGCCGAGCCACGUCACCGCCAUGAACAUUCCCAUCCCGUUCAACUUGGUGAUGCCCCCGAUGCCUCCGCCGGGAUAUUUCGGACAGGCCAAUGGGCCGGCUGCCGGACGCGGGAAUCCGAAAGGCAAGACCAGCCGCGGCGGGCGCCAGAAGAACCGUUUCGGGAUGCCGGGGGUGAGCCAGUCCAACCUCCCCAACAGCCAGGCCAGUCAAGACGUGGUGUCGCAGCCCUUUUCUCAGGGCCCCUUGACUCAGGGCUACAUCUCCAUGAGCCAGCCGUCACAGAUGAGCCAGCCAGGCCUCUCCCAGCCAGAACUGUCGCAGGACAGUUACCUGGGUGACGAGUUUAAAUCUCAGAUUGACGUGGCCCUGUCGCAGGAUUCUACCUACCAGGGGGAACGCGCAUAUCAACAUGGAGUGACGGGACUGUCACAGUAUUAGAGUGUUGAAGAAGAGGAGCUAAGCUUGUGUGGAGCUUAGUUCGUCAGCAUUUUAUUCUGGGUAAUAAAAAAUAAAAUAAAAUGGAUACCUGUUUUCCACUGCUAAAACUGAAGCAACUCUGUGAGAGCAACAGGAGAGAGAGAGAGGGAGAGAAAGAGAGAGAAACCAACGGAGAGGAGAGAGACGCGUGCGCGCGCGAGAGAGCCCACUGCUAGCUCACUGAGACAAGGAGACUGACCAGAGAUGGGAGAGAGCGCCGGAGGACCGACCGGCGUCUCGCUAGGGGGGAGCCCACCUGCCCUGGAAGAACCGAGCGGUCAGCGGAGUCCCCUGUUCUCCCCUUCCCCCC